UCUUCUGCCACUUACUACCUGCCACUCUCUGGAGCUCUAAGCUGAAGAUAUCUCUUUCCUAGGACCACGUAAGGACUGAGUCACCAAGAGAGGACCAAGCAGAAUCAUGAACAUUGUUCUGGAUCUGCUCCUGCUUCUGCUCACCAUUAUCUAUUCCUAUGUGGAGGCACUGGUGAAGUUUUGCCUUCCCCAAAGGAGAAAAUCUGUGGCAGGAGAGAUUGUUCUUAUCACUGGAGCUGGGCAUGGAAUAGGCAGGCUGACCGCCUAUGAAUUUGCAAAGCGGAAAAGCAGACUGGUUCUAUGGGAUAUUAAUAAGCGUGGUGUUGAGGAAACUGCAGCUGAAUGCAGGAAACUAGGGGUUCAGGUGCACGCAUUUGUGGUGGACUGCAGUGACAGAGAGGAGAUCUACAACUCUGUGAACCAGGUAAAGAAAGAAGUGGGUGAUGUGACCAUCAUAGUGAAUAAUGCAGGAGCAAUCUACCCAGCGGACCUUCUUAGUACUAAGGAUGAAGAGAUUACCAAAACAUUUGAAGUCAACAUCCUGGGGCACUUUUGGAUCACAAAAGCUCUUCUUCCAUCCAUGAUAAGGAGAAAUUAUGGUCACAUUGUCACAGUGGCUUCAGUGUGUGGCCAUGGAGUGAUUCCUUAUCUCAUCCCAUAUUGUUCCAGCAAGUUCGCUGCUGUUGGCUUCCACAAGGGUCUCACCGCAGAACUUGAGGCUUUGGGGAAAACUGGAAUCAAAACCUCAUGUCUCUGCCCAGUUUUUGUGAAUACUGGAUUCACCAAAAACCCAAGCACAAGAUUGUGGCCGAUUUUAGAGACAGAUGAAGUUGCAAGAAGGUUGAUGGAUGGAAUACUUACCAACAAGAAAAUGAUUUUUGUUCCAUCAUAUAUCAAUAUUUCUCUAAUCCUGGAAAAGUUUCUUCCUGAACGUGCUUUGGCAGCUAUAAGUCGUGUACAGAAUAUUCAGUUUGAAGCACUAGUUGGUCAAAAAACCAAGAAGAAAUGAAGUAUACCAGAGAUUUAUGCACAUUUAUUAUCUGAAUCUAAGUUUAGAAUCAAUGCUCCAAUUAUUUUUCCCUCAGUGCUAUUAAUAUUAAAAAUAUUGGUUUGGCAUUACCUGCAAUUGAAUAAAUGGGACUAAUUGUAUUUCUAUUUUUCAAAAAUAGAGAACCAUGAGAAAUAAAGUCUUACUACUUAUAA